UACAUAAAGUACUCAUCUAAACUAAUCAUUCAAUUAAUUCAAAAUGUCAAAAUACAAUUCACAUGUCCAUUUCAAAUUAUAUAAAAAUACAUUACAGAGUCAAAACAAUUAUAAUAUAAUAUUUAUACUUAAAUCAAGUUAAAAUGUAAAACACAAGAAACAAUAAUAAAAUAUGAAUUAAUAAAUCAAUAGUCACCCAUUAUUAUAAAAAAAAUAUUAAUCAAUCCAAUUAAUGCAAGGAUCUAUUAUUUAAAAACUCAUCGACACUAUAAAAAGUUCUGUCAAAGAGCCAUAAUUUUAAUUUAUAUUUAAAAUUAUUAAGCGAUUUGGCGUCCGUGACCAACUUUGGUAACAAGUUAUAUACCGUCGAACCCAUGACAUGUGUUAGCCUGCUCGAUUUGACCAAAGUUCUCUGCUCACAGGUCAGCUUAUUCGCACCUCGAGUAUAGUGUGAAUGUUUGUCACUGUUUUUACUGUAUGAUUGUAAAUUUGUCCGCACAAAUAAAAUUACUAUCGACGGAAGAGUUAAAAUUCCGAGUUCUUUGAAAUACGGUCGUGCUGAUUCAUCCGAUCGUAUUUUAACAAUAGCACGUAUGGCACGUUUCUGCAUUCUGUAUACUCGCCUCCAGUCUGCAGCCCGCCCCCAUAACUCUGCGCUAUACUGUAACAAGGAAUAGACCGUUGCGAAAUAACACGACCGAACCACUUCCCUCGACAUGAGCCUUGACAAUCUGUUGCGGGCGUAGCAAGCUCCACCAAGCUUACCACACGUGUGAUCAAUAUGGGCUUCCCAUGUAAGCCCCUUAUCAAAAACAAAUGCCAGAAAGGUGGUUUUGUCGACCUCUUUUAUUUUUAUAGUUCCUACUUUAACAGCGAGCUCUCUAGUCAUCCGUCCAGGCAGACGUCAUUUAAACAACGUGAAGUGAUUCGAAUUCAAGAAAUCGAUUCAGACCGGGCAUCCCUAGUGUAUCGGUACAAUCUCAGUCUAGUUCCAUGGAGGUACUUCAGUUCAGUUCAAUACAGGUCUUUUUUAUGUCAUUCACUGAGAGCUAGUAAUUUGUCAUUGUUGUCAUUUUAUUUAAAAGUUAUCAACGGUUUUUAGUUAUUUGCACCUAGUUAUUUCUUGUGAAUAUUUAACAUUCUCCUGCAAAUUUUAAUAACUACAUGUUUAUCUAAUGAGUUUUAUAAGCUAAAAUCAUGAGUGAAAAUACAGAAUCCACGGGAAACAGCAUCAAGUUUGCACCGAUGCCGAUGUCGGCACUGCUCGCUCAACUCAACUUGAUGCCUCUUGAGAAUUCUUCAGACUCUAGUUUUACAUCAGCAGAUGAAAGUGAUAAUUCAUUUAGCGAAACUGUAGCUAGGAAACCGUCGCCUUGUAAAGUAAACACUGGAUUUCGUACACCUAAUGCUAGAAUCACAAAAGUCAACAAAGAUACCAAAGGUUACUCUUCAGAAAGAAAAUUGAGUACUAAAGAUCAUGACAAGGAAAAUAUGAAUAAGAAUGACCUAUUAAUCUACCCAUUUUCUUCGAAUAAAGACGUCAAUUUGAUACAAAGUGCUCAUAAAAAGGUUUUAUCAAGUGUUCCGCCUACUUCAGAAGCUAAAAAGCACGCAGUUCUUAUGCCACACAGCAACAAUAAAAUUCUUCAAAGCAAGAUUGGUUCUGUACAUAAAAGUACACCAGAAAUGUCCAAACUGCCUGUCAUUAUUCAAAAAAAAUCUGCAACACCAAAGAUUAAGUCUGGUAUUAGGAAAUUCACUCCUAGCUCAGGAAAGCAUAGUCAUAAAAAGACUCCACAGAAAGCUUUGAUUCAAAAUCGUGACAAGGUGAGAUGCGAGUUGUUUACUCAGAACCCUCCAAAAUCUGAAGUACCAUGUCCUGUGAAUCAAGUGGAGCCAACACCUACACCUGUGCCAGAGACUCCAGUUAAUAGAAAGGCAAUGCCAGCUUCUUAUGUGGCCACUCCAUCCUACCCGCAAGGUGUUAUGGGAAACAAUUCAAAAAUACUCUUCAAAACAACUAGCAUUAAGGAUAAAAAGUAUUUAUUUAUUAAAAAAUUAGGUACCGGAGGGUCCAGCGAAGUGUACAAAGUUCUAGAAGUUGGUACCUCUUGUGAAUAUGCUGUGAAGUGUGUGUACCUGGCAACUGAUCAAGAGUUGGCUCGGGGCUAUAUCAAUGAAGUGAAAUUACUCCGGGAGCUGCAGAACUCUGACAGAGUUGUCAGGCUAUAUGACUAUCAGUACGACCGCGCGAACCAAUUCCUGCGCCUAGUGCUGGAAGUAGGCGAAACUGAUCUAUCAUCAUUUCUGCGCGCACGCGGCGCCGGCCUGCCGCCUACGCUGGUUGUCCACUACUGGGAGGAGAUGCUGCAUGCUGUGCAUUAUAUACACGAGCAUGGCGUGAUCCACGCGGACCUGAAGCCGGCCAACUUCCUGCUAGUAUGCGGGCGCUUGAAGUUGAUCGACUUCGGCAUCGCGUCCGCCAUCAGCAGCGACGCGACCAGCGUGGUGCGCGCGCAGGCCACCGGCACCUACUCCUACAUCAGCCCCGAGGCGCUCAUGGGCGGCGCCGGCGGGUACGGCGUCUGCGCUGCCGACGGAAACGCGCCAAUCAAGAUAUCGUUCCGGUCGGACGUGUGGUCGCUGGGCUGCAUCCUGUACAGCAUGAUGUACGGCCGCACUCCGUUCGGACACAUCCCCAACCUCGCCAAGCUGGCCGCCAUACUCGACCCCAACCACAAGAUCGAUUACCCGCCCGUUGAGCACCUCCCGCCAACUCUCCUGGCGGCGCUGAAGUGGUGCCUCACCUACGUCGCGCGCUCACGACCUUCCGUCAGCCAACUUUUAGCGCUGCCAUAUCUACAACCGACGAGAUCUCCCCUCCCAGAAGCACUGCUUAACAAACUACGACCACAUCUCUCCCCACAAGAAUACCAGCUGCUGCAGCGUGCCCAGAUAUAGCCAAUAUAAAGGAACCCUGGAGACGUUGAUUUGCCAGCGGGGGAUCAGAACACAGAGUUGUCGCCAUAGCUGCGUCAGUUCAGAGCGAAUUAGUGAUUAUAGUGUACGAAAAACGUAUAAGUCAAAGGUAUUUAUAAUUUGUAAGUACCUUUAGCAAAUAACAGUAAUAUAGAUGACUGUAAAAUAGGCAAUUUAUCAAUAUUCCUGUAUAAAUUAGAUAAGACUGAACAAUUAGCCAACAUGCUUUUUGAUUGGUAAAUAUUGCAUUAAUUUUUAGUUAUAUCAGUUUAGUAGCCAAAUCAGAGAUCAAUUAUUAUGAUCACGACUGUCCAUAAUGCAUUUUUUUUUUCAAAAUUAGCACGAUAUACUUGCUUACAACAUAAAAAUUAUUGUAAAAACAUAAUUGACUUAGGCUGGAAACAGUGCUCGACCGACGGUCAGCGCUGACCGUCGUCAAUGCUUCACUGACUUAGCGACCAACCAUACGCGCGUACGUACAUUCAAAGCAAAUAUAGACUGUUAAACACCCUGUCAGUAUAGUGUAUAACAGUCUAUAUUGUCUCUUGCAUUGCGCAGUCGGGUAAAAAUGAAUAUUGAUACAGAGCGCCUUAUUACUGAAGUGCGGCUUCGUCCGUCGUCGUUUCAAUAGGAUGGACAGAACCUCGAAACAUAUUGGAAUGUUUCAAAGUAUCAUGUAAGCUUGCGUGAACUACACGAAAUCGAAACUUCUGAUUGACAUGUUGAAAUAAUCAAAAAACCUUUUCUUGUCUUCUUGCAAUCUCGAUAAUAGUUUGCAGAAUUCGCCUUCAAGUAACCGUUGUACAAGUAUUUUGUGUACAUGAUAUCUUCGGCGCCUUCUAUUCCGUCGUUUGCGCAAAAAAUAGCGCAUUCACAGCAAAAUGGUUCAUUUUUCUCGUGAAUUUACACACGCGUCGCCGUUCGCCGUCAGCGUAGCAGUGAAUGCAUUUUCGCGACCGACGGUCAGCGCUGCCGGUCAGGACGUACCGUCGGCCGAGCACUGUUUCCAGCCUUAAUGUAAAUAGAAACAUUAAUGUAUAUUUAAGAAAUAUGUAUUAUAUAAAAAUAGUUAUCUAAUUAAUAUGAUUUAUUGUAAUGAAGCUAUAAAUAAUAAUGUUUAUGUGUAAAUUGACGUGUGACUUUUAAUUUAAACACCCAAAUAGAUAUAAAUACUUUAUUGAAAUUAUAUGAGAAUACAAAAAAUAAAUAAAAAUUUAAGCUAUGAAGAAUUUGAACUUUAUAUCUAGCGUAACUUACAAGUUAACAUACAAUAAAUACUUUUACUCUUAUCAAGCACGAAACGUGAUGAAAUGCAAAUAGAAUUUGUAUUGUCCAAAUUUAAAAGUGCAUAAAAAGCAUGAAAAUAAAGGGAGCUUCUUAUCUCUCUGCUUAACUCAGAGAAAAGGAAUUCUGACCCUCCUGCGCAUUUACUUAGUAGUAAAUAAGUAUCGACUACACGAGUAGCGAUGAACAUCAGUAGACGACGCUUCUCCAUCGAAGGCGCCAGUACUACGAAACUGCAGUGCGCGCAGCUUGGACUCCAGAAAUGAAGAAAAAAUGCUUUAAUUUCAGUCUAUAAGAUUUUGGAAUUGAUGAGGAAAGUUGGCAAGCAGAUGCUAAAGUGAAAUAUAAAAUUGCAAAUGCUUUUUGCACGCGCACCUCGUGCCAACGCUCCCUUUACGAAUAUUGUCGAAGGAUGAGAGAUAAUAUCUAGUUCAAAAUUAUGGCAUGCUUUAAAUAAAUCAAGCCAAUGGAAUACAUAGCAAGUGUCUUAGUAUUCCCGCUUUUGUGUUUAACAGUUUCGAGUGAGGUAAGGGAAUGACAUCACGAAUGAAAAGACGCAUUGUUUGGUGGUGUAGUUUAAUGCGUUAGAACGAAGGUGCGCGGCUUUGGAGGCAGCAGCGGGUGUUACAUUAGUUCUGGAACAGCGUGCGCGUAAAGUCGAUGUAGUCGAGCGCGUUGGGGAUGGGCCGCUCCGACUUCGGGUCCUGGUAGGGCUUCAUGCGAGCCACGCAGUAGUCCGCCAUCUCCUUUGUAAGAUUCUGGAUAGUAAAACAAAAUAUUGGUCUAUGAAAAAGUCAAGACAUUAAUUAGAACAGGCAGAAACAGAAAAUUUAAGCUUUUAUUCAUAAGCACUUUACCCGCCCUGGGGGACAUUCGCCUAACGGGAUUGCUAUGUCUAUCGCUAUCGCUUACGAUUUCAUUUUGUUAUUUCUGACCGCCGGAGGUUUUCGAAUACCUCACGCGCAUUUUUUUAAUAUUGUUAUUACCAAUGCAAAAGAAAAAAAAGAGAGCGAGGCUUUGCAAACCCUUCGGCCGUAAGAAGGGUUAUAAUUUAGGAAUUUAAAAAGUCAUCAUCAUCAUCAUCAGCCUAUUAAUGUCCCCACUGCUGGGGCACAGGCCUUCCCUAUGGAUGGAAUAAGGAGUUU